AGAAGGCGAACGUGGAUGAUGUUUUGAAAGCGCUUAUACACGCUUUUUGGAGAGCGUUGGUAUUGAAUCAGUUAGUGGAACUCACUUUUCAGGGAUCAAGUCAGUCUUUGUCCACAUGGAAAAUAAAGCGAGCUCUCUUCAGAUCGUUGCUCCUCCGUCUGGUCAUAUUAUUGCCUGCGAGAAGUGGAAAGAUUCUGCUCUUAUUCAAGGUGUAAGAGGUGGAGGUGUUAAAAUUGUCUUUGAAAAUGAGUUUGGCAGAGCUGACUUCCUCCUCCCCAACAAGAGCUGCAUCCUUUAUGUGUCAGAAUGUGACAUCAUCGCAGGCACUACCUACAAGAGGAAAUUGGUCCGUUAUAGAAAUGUUUGCAGCAACUUCCUUACGCUGGUCCUGGUGGAGAACACAAGACUCAGCGAGCAGUACUUCAAUGCUGUACAGAAAUUUGUAGUUUUUGACCUUGGUUUACCUCUUUUUCCAGUCAGUGGCCAGACUGAGGCGUCGCAACUCAUUGCUCAGAUGGUGCACAGUGAUGGCAGGGAAAACCCAUUUCGACGGAAGAGUUCAUCCCGGUUGCUAGAACCACUGGUUCUGGAGGUGGUGCAGCAGAUACCUGGAGUGAGUCAGGGUAAAGCCGUUGCUCUCCUGCAGCACUUCUCCAGCAUCCAGCUGUUGUGUGACGCUACAGUCGCAGAACUCGAGACAAUUGUGGGUCAUGCUGCUGCUCAACAGGUUCACAGCUUUUUUCACAGAUCACUGGACACUUAACAUGCUCAUUUAGUAGU